AUGUCCAUGCUUUUGCGUCUUGCACGUCCCUGUUCGCUGGGUGCUACCCGCCCUCUCGUUUCUACCACCAUCAACUGUGGGCGGAGAUCAAUUGGCUCUGUCAGUGCCAUUGAUUCCAGUAUUUUCCGCACAUUGUUUGGCACAGAAGAAAUCCGCAAGGUAUUUGACGAUGAGGCAUACAUCAACCGCUGCGUGGACGCAGAAGCGGCUUUGGCACGAGCCCAGUCUCAGUGUAAUGUUAUUCCAUCUGAGAUUGGAGCAAUGGUAACUCAGAGGGUACAAGAAUCAAAUCUCGAUUUUGAACGACUUCGACAAGAAACCGAAAUCGUCGGGUACCCAAUUCUGCCUCUUGUUCGCCAGCUCUCUGCAAUCUGUGGCGAACAGGCGGGUAAAUAUGUCCAUUGGGGUGCAACCACACAAGACAUCAUGGACUUGGCAAGCAUGCUACAGAUCAAGGAAGGGCUUGAUAUUGUCGAGAGACUUCUCAAGGAUGUAAUCCAAACGCUGCGCCAACUCUCAGAGAGAUACAAAGAUACUCCUAUGGCCGGACGCACCCACCUUCAACACGCUCUGCCCGUCACAUUUGGCUAUAAAUGUGCAGUCUGGCUAUCUGGAUUCCAACGGCAUUUGGAACGACUCAAUCAGCUGCGAGAUCGGACACUUCUUGUGCAGUUUGGCGGUGCAGCUGGCUCUCUUGCAUCCUUGGGCUCGGGUGAUGAUGGACUACGCGUACGCAAGGCCCUGGCCAAGGAACUUGGCCUGAAUGAUCCAUCGAUCACAUGGCAUGUUGCUCGUGAUGGUGUGGCAGAGAUAACCAAUUUCCUGGCUCUGAUGGGAGGCUCAAUGGGUAAGCUGGCGCUUGACAUUAUCAUAAUGUCAUCAAACGAGCUGAGUGAGGUGGCGGAACCAUUCGUGCCACACCGAGGUGCAUCUUCUACUAUGCCUCAGAAACGCAAUCCAAUCUCCAGCGAGGUUAUCCUGGCUGCAUCCAAGAUCUUACGCUCGAACGCGGGGUUGGUCCUCGACGGUAUGGUUGCAGACUUUGAGCGUGCUUCGGGUCCCUGGCAUCUGGAAUGGGUGGCCGUGCCUGAAAGCUUUGUAAUUGCCGUGGGGGCGCUGUCUCAAACUCAUUUCGCGUUGUCCGGCCUUUCAGUCAAUAGCAAGCAGAUGCUGGAGAACCUACACUCUACCAAAGGUCUCAUUGUUGCAGAGGCCGUGAUGAUGGGCAUGGCACCCCAUGUAGGCCGCCAAAGAGCCCAUGAUAUUGUCUACGACGCCUGUCGGGAAAGCAUUGAGAAGGAGAGAUCUUUACUUGAGUGCUUGUUAGAGAAAGAGGAGGUAACUUCAAAGAUGAGCAACCAGCACUUAAGUAAUCUUUGCGAUCCGGUAAACUACUUGGGCGCGUCGACGAGAAUGGUGGAGGAUGUCCUGGCAGUUGACUAG